UAAAAAAAAUCUCGUGAUUCUUAAUCCUAAUCUCGAGGCAUCCAAGUUUAUUUUCUCUCUGUUUAGUCUGUUGAGGAGUGCGCGUGUGAUCGAACUGAAUCCUUUUCUUCCUUCUCUCCACACAGGUCUCAACGUGCAAGCUUUUCACAUUAGUUAGAUCAUUCCAAGUACCAAACUUCCCCAGUCAAGUUUUUUUCUUUUUGCUUUUCAUCUUCUGGUGCCACGGUUACCUGCAAGGAAUGAGUGGUGCAGCGAGUGGAAUAGUUCUGGAACCACUCACAAGAGACAAUUACGAGAACUGGAGUGCUCUUGUGAAAAAUUAUCUGAUAGGUCAAGGUCUGUGGGGCGCUAUGACCUCUGUUUCUGAGAUUGGUGUCAAAGCUAAAACCGUUUCUGACUCAUGGAAGAGGAGGAAUGCCAAGGCUUUGCACAUCAUUCAGCUGGCGUGUGGAACGGAGAUUCUUAGUCAGAUCAGAGAUGUUGAAACGGCCAAAGAAGCUUGGAACAGAUUGGGAGCCUUGUACAGUUCACAGUUAAAAGCUGAUUCUGAUAUUGAACAAGGUGUACUGGUGGAGGAUAGUCUCCUUCAAAAUAAACCGUUGUACAGAUAUGUGGAGAGCGAUGAGUGGAAUGAUGCAAAAGCAAUAAUCAACAAUGACGACACCGCCAUAUUUUCCACCUCCUCAACGGGAAGAACCGUUCUUCAUGUUGCAGUAAUGGCUGGCCACGUGCACAUUGUGAAGAAUCUGGUGAAGUUAGGGAAAGAUAAGUUAGUUACAAUGCAAGACAACUUCGAUUACACUGCUCUUUCUCUGGCUGCGGAAUUAACCGGAAACGUAGAGAUUGCAAAGUGCAUGGUAGAGAGGAAGGGAGGGAAGAAACUCCUAACUAUGAAGACCAAAGAUGGUGAAAUUCCUGUUCUUCUUUCUGCUGCAAAGGGCUACAAAGACAUGACUCGCUAUCUCUACUCUGAAACUCAGUUGGAAGCGUUUGUGGACAAAAAUUCCCGCAACGGAGUUUUGCUUCUUUCGCGAUGCAUCACUGCUGAAAUAUUUGAUGUGGCUUUGAGUUUAAUUCAUCGCAUUCCACAACUCCCUCUAACCCAUGAAUCCGGUGGACUAAGACCCUUAUACGCUCUGGCACGCAUGCCUUCUGCGUUCCCUAGUGGCAGUGGAUUUGGACGUCUACAACAACUCAUUUAUAAUAGUUUAAGAUUAGAAAGAUUAGAGGUGCAAAACUUGUGCACAGGAAAAGAUAAGUUGUUAGGAAUAAGCAUUGACCGUUGCGGAAAACGCAUUGGAAUAGUUGCAGAUGUUACUGAAGUAGAAGGCCUUCGUGUUGCUCAAGAGAAAGACCGAUAUAAUACUUCCUUCAGAGGAAGGCUCUGUGAACUGGCUUUAAAUUUUACUCCCAUAAGGCUCUUAGGUCGACUGCUUAUAUUCCUUUAUCUGUUAUUUCAAAAUUACAUACUGUUAAAGUUCUCAGCUGGAAUUAGAGAAAUACACGAACUGAAAAAGACGCACCUUGUAGUUCUUGAAAUUCUGAACUGCAUGUGCGACAGAGUUUCGGAGUACGAGGAAUUGCAGCUGCGAGAGGCUUCAGCGUACGAUGCAAUGUUACAGGCAGCGAAGCUUGGAAUCAUCGAGUUCAUAGAUAAGAUGAGGAAGACGAACCCUGACCUCUUGUGGGCCAUUGACAGAAACAGGAGAGGUAUAUUUUCGCAUGCAAUUCUGAACCGUAGAAAAGAAGUGUUCCGACUCAUGGACAAAGUCAACGGAAGGAAGGAGAUAAUCAGAUGCAGUGCAGACGUGUUUGGCAAUACCCUCUUGCACUUGGCUGCGUAUUUAGGACCCUCCUCUGAUCUUGAUCGCAGAUCCGGUGCUGCUCUCCAAAUGCAAAGAGAACUUCAAUGGUUCAAGGCUGUUGAGGAAAUUGUGCAUCCCAAGUGCAAGGAAGAGAAAAAUGGAGACGGUAAGAAGCCCCGUGAGAUAUUCAGUGAAAGCCACGUGGAGAUGGUGAAAGCUGGUGAAAAAUGGGCCAAAGACACUGCUAGUUCAUUCACUCUCGUGGGUACUCUCAUAAUCACCAUCAUGUUCGCGGCGGCUUUCACUGUUCCCGGCGGAAACAACCAAGACGGGGAACCCAUCUUCUUGCGCGACCAGAUAUUCACUUUGUUUAUCAUAGCAGAUGCAGUAUCGCUCUUUACUUCCUCCACCUCUGUUCUCAUUUUCAUUGGGAUCCUCACCUCGCGUUAUGCUGAGAAGGAUUUCCUGAAGACGUUGCCUUUGAAGUUACUCUGCGGCCUCGUGUCUCUUUUCUUGUCUGUGGUGUCGAUGAUGAUAGCAUUUUGUGCUUCGCUUGCGAUGAUGCUGAGGGGUAAUCAUCAUUUGAUCAUAGCAGCUAUGUCACUUGGGAGUAUUCCUGUUAUCGUGCUGGUACCCUCACAGCUUCGCCUCUUUCUUGAGAUUUUCAAUUCCACUUUGCAUGCAAGAUAUAUCAAGUGAAUAAAACCUCCUUUGUAAGUGCUAAAUUAACAUAUUAUGAAGGGAACCUCCGUUAAGGACUAAAGUUUUUGUUUUGUCAUA